AUGUGCGGUAACAACAUGUCUGCCCCGCUGCCAGCCAUCGUCCCGGCCGCCAGAAAGGCCACCGCCGCGGUGAGUGAAGGAGGAGCGGCAGCGCCUGGCGCCUCUCGUAAUGAGGGGGUGGUCUUUUUUUUGGGGGGGGAGAGUUGACCAGGCAGGGGCUGGCGAGGUGAGGGUGGGCGUCUUGGGUGUCGCACUCCUAAACUCACUGACUCUUAGGGAGGAAGCCCCGCGGAACGCAGCGCGACUUGCUUUGGCGGGCCCACAGCAGCGCCGUAAGCACCUCCCCCCCUCGCCUCCUGCCCCUGGCCUGGCUUUUGGACAGGCGCCCUCGUUUGUCUCCCGUUGGGCGAUAAUGUCCUUGAGCCGCACCUCAGCCGCCGCCGCCCCCUUGUAGGUAAAAGUCCUGGGUUUUGCUCGAGGUAGCCGGGCUUACUCUUUUAAGUGCGGUGAAUGUUAAGUACGCAGUAUGAACAGACGCGCGGUGGAUCAACAGUUUUGAUAUAUGGUAAAGAUGCAUAUUCUGCAAGCCGUUCUUGCAGAAACCAAACAGCGUUCUCUUCCCCUUCCUCCCUCUUCAGGGAAGAAAAACAAAAUCUGGCCGAGCUCAGAAUCGAAUAUCGCCAGGUUUCACAAUAUGAGCCGAACAAAGCAUUGUUGCGCUUGAAAAUCUUAAUUAAGACCGUUCAGCCGCUUGGGUCCUUUCUUUGCCUCAGAUGGUGCUAAUCCAAGUUUAUGAGCAAGACCCUAAGUAGUAAUUUAUUGUGUUAAAAUUAAAAAUACUUUGCAUUUCACGGCCUCGGUGUCAAAUCCUGUGUGGGCAGGUGGGAAAAUCACAACUGAAUGUCACGGCAAUCGGAUAAAUUGCUGAGAAGGCUUUGGGAAGCCAGCACAUGCUCUCAUUUAUUGAGAGACUUGGCUGCAACAAAACAUUUCAUCACCUAUUGCUGUCUCUUUCAAAAGUGUUUGGAAUAUGAACACUUGCACCAGAAUAACCAGAAGCGCGAAGUAGAGCUAAGUGAGUUAUUUUAGUAUCAGUUUCCAUGCAGGAGUGUCCCACCUAAGCAUUUUAUUUGCUUAGGUGAUGAGAAUUUAUAAUGAAUAACUUGAUGAGCAGCACAAGCUACUGCUAAUUAGGUUGGUGCGGCCCUAUAUCCCUGAGGACUCAUAAUAAUUAUAAGGAAAAGGAAUAUAGAAAGGCUCAUCACAAUGAAAGGACAAAAUAAACAAACAUUCAUUAUAAGGAAAGAAAGGAAGAAACAAGAACAAUUUAUUUCAAAGACAUAUGAGUGGCCAGUUUGAUUCUGUAGUUCUAUUUUGAGGGCAGAGGUAAAAAUGGAACCACCAGAGCAUCAACCAGCAUACAGUUUCUUCUUGCCAAGUGGUUCUGAGCUUCCUGGCUUUGCUCCCAGCUCAGAAACUUGCUACCUAGCUCACACUACAAGGUCAAACCAGAACAGGAUCACACAAACUUUAAUACAAAUUUGGUUCUCAUAGGUACUUUUGCAUAGGAGGGACCACACACAGUGAUCUGUGAGGUGACUGCUCUGUAUGUUGAACAGUUUAUGUGUGCCUUGCUGCACUGGUUUUCCCCACCCCAAAUUCUUUUAUCUUUAAAAUAUGUGCAAUGCAGUCCUGUGCAUGAUUCCUUGGAAGUCCCACCAAGUCAGAGGAACGCAACACUACAUUUCUUACAGUGCUAUGGGCAUAAUCACAAGGUUGGAAUUGAUCAACAUGGUGAUCCAGUACUCAGGAUGAUAGUUACUGCAUGGAGGAGCUGCCGUGCAAAGGCAGUUUUGAAUGACUUGUUUACAUACAUGAUGGAUUCAUUGUGAAAAAAGAAAAAGGUGAACCUCAAGCAGGUGCCCAAGGUGAAUGUGGUUCACAAUUCAACUACCAAAUACAUUUCAACAAAUGUUUUCACUAUAGACAACUGUAAAUACCAAUAGACAAGAAUUAAACCCAGUAACCUCCAAUCAAAUAUUGCUUAUAACUUAAAGGUGCAAAUAGAAUACAAAAUAGAUGGAAUUGAACCACUUCUCUGCACUCCACUGCUAUGGGAAUUCUAGCUUUACAUACUAGCCAAUUCUAGCCAUAUGGAAUAUGUUUUCAAGAUGAUUAUUAAAAGCAAUCUUAGAACUGUCAACCAACUGUUCAUAUUCUUCUCCAAAUACAAAAAUAUGUGAACCAGCUGUGGGUUUAUCUUCGUCAAAGAAGCCUUACUAUAUAGAUGGCUUCUGGUGUUUGAAUGAGAACAACAGUUAUAUUCUUCUUCUGUCCUUAUCAUAUGAGCUCCCUUUGUUUACAUGUGGAGUCAAGAUUUAAUGGAAGUAUGUGGGUAGUUGCUGAAGAGUUAGGUGCAUGCUCACUGUAGAUAUCUUUGUACCAUGUAAUAUUUUUAAAAAAUAAAUGGUCUAAUUAAUGUGCUGUUAACUUCUAGGUCAUAUUUCUUCAUGGAUUAGGAGAUACUGGGUAAGUGAAAUAUUUAGCUUGCUAUAUGAUCUUAGCCUUUAAAAAUGCAGCUUGCUACUUACAAGAGAAUAUGCUAUGUGCUGAAUUCUCACCGCAGCGGAAUCUACAUAAGCUCCCCUCAUGACAGCUUAUUACUGGCUUAUGUGCAUGCAGUGUUCAACCUCCAUAUGUUAAUACCAUUACUUCUGAACAGGAUUACUAUAUCCUGGGAUUUUUCAGAUUAGUUUUAUUACUUUUUUUAAAAUUCUGCGUUUUACUUCCCUUGCACAUGCCACAUGGAACAACAGUAUAGCAUUGUUAAUAUUAUCAGUGGGAGUGGCCUUAAUCCUGUAGAACUGGCUUGGCACCCCACCUUCCUUUCUUGCCCCACCUUUGAGCUCAGGGUGGCCGGGAGUUUUAUCCUGUAUUUUUCUCUCAAUGACUAAACAGUCAUGACUAUUUGUUUAUUUAUUGGGCAACACUUCCCAAUAUACACCUUCAUUUUUGUUCUCCUUGGGAGAGUGUAAUCUCUUCAUCGACCUGCAUAGGGAGAGGGAGGGUGGGAAAAGCAUAGGUCUCCAGGAACAACUUGGGUGGGAGAAAUAACAUCCUCCCCACCCCCAACAUUGAUCCUGUUAUUCCAAGCGUCCCUGGUUGGUGGCUGGGCUUCUCCCCAUCACCAUUCAUUUCCCCCUGUUUUCCUGGCUAGGGAAGGAAUCUAUGUAUGGUUUGGGGUGUAAAGAUUCAGGUUAGCAUCAAUUUAGUGCUUGAAAUGUGUUUAGUGGUUUAAAUAGUGCCAUGGAAUGUAGCCUUUUAAACUUACAUGCAGGUUGUUACCUGAUUUAAGUUAAUGGCUGGAAAUUAGUCUAGAAAAGAAUAAACGGGAAUCCUCUUCUAAUAUUUUUCUUUCACAUUGUGCUUCCUUAAAGCUCCUCCCUACAGAAGUAAUUAUUUUAUACACUUCAAUGUCUAUUUGUUCCAGUGGGGCUUACUUUGUAGUAAGUCCGCUCAGGACUGCUAUCUUCGGAUGCUUAGAGUUACCAAAAGUUACAUUUUGAAAUUAAUAUUUAAUUAACAAGUGUACAGUUGAACUGGUUGUAGCAUUAAUUUUUGCUUUACAUUAUUGUCUUAUUUAUUUUCAGUCUUGAAGCUGAAUCCAAGUCUUUGCCUUGUAGCCAGCAUAAACUGCAAAAUAAUACUGAUCUAAAUAUUGAAGAAUUGGAAAUCUGAUUUAAAUCAAAUUAAAAAAAUAAUCCUGAUAGAAAUGGACCCUCCUUUUAAGUGUUGGGUUUUAUAUACUAAAAAAGAGGAUGGCUAAUUAUGACAUAAGUAAUAUCUUUAGAUAGGCAUAUUUAAAGGAACUGGAAGAUUUUAAAUGACAAGCUUUUUUGUUUUUUGUUUUUUUCUGUAUUUUAAUAGGCAUGGGUGGGCAGAAGCAUUUGCUGGAAUCAGAAGCCCACACAUAAAGUAUAUUUGCCCACAUGCGUAAGUAUAUUAAUCCUUUUUGGUUACUAUUCUUCCCCCAACCCCAUUUUCAAAAUUAGAUGGCAAUUACAUGUUUUGUAACAGACGGCCUGAAGGUUUGCUUUGAGAAACAAGGAGUUGCUAUACAUUCAGCUUUUUGGUUCUUCUUAAAAUUAAAUAUUCAUAUCUAUUAAGCAUAUUUCCGUGAUUUCAGUUAAUUGCACACAACAUAAAGGCACAGUUUUAAUUCCCUGAUUAAUAGUUUGGUUUUUUGGAGAUUUUUCAUGUUCCAACCACUUGCUUGUUUGAUAGUAGUGAGUAGCAGUUUCCAACAAGCAAGCAGUGAUUUCCUUUCACUUGUCUGUUAUGUCUUUGAAUGGUGAUUCCUUCCAUCACACAUCCAGCAUUACAGGCAAGAAGGCAAAUCCUUGGUUACCUGCACCUAGAAUUUCUAGCUGCUUGAGAUGACCAAAUGGCUGCAAAAAUCUGCUUGUGGGGCUCAACAGCAUGCAUCCAAGAGAUUCCCCAGCUGUAUUAUUUAUUUGUUUCCAUAUACCCCACCCUUUCUCCCCCUGGGAGCACAGAGUGGCUAACAGUAUGGUGCAACAAUAAGAAAUACAAGGUAGCAGGGAAAUGCAGGCCCCUAGAGGUUCCCUUCUGAAACAUUUUUAGGUUUUAUCAUUACAGGGGCUCUGGAUUACAUUAGAAUUUCCUCUCCUGUGGAAUAUCCUUAAAUAACUUGAGGCGUUGUACAGGUUGUGGUGCAGAGUGCAGCAUGACACUUUAGAGAGAGACUGAAGAAAUAGUAAGGUAAUUUAGGUGUGAGCCUGAAAAAACCAUGCUUUGAUCAUUCUCAGGUACACAAAAAUGAAUUUCCAAGAGAACAUGAGCUAUAAAUGAAGUCAUUAAGCUUAUGACUUAAAGUGAUAGAAUCUUAAAUAUCCCACAUUAAGUCCAUGCUUUGCCAUGUAUCUUAUAAGUAUGUACGGUUUUUUUAUUAUAGGACACUGAUUCCCAAAUGGUGGCUUGGGACCACCUGGGAAGUACCACUUGACAGAACUGCAAAACAAGGAGUAUGACUUCAAUGAAGGGGUGGGGCUGAAGGUGGGUCCCAAACACAAAAUCCUCAUGGUGAAUCCUAAGUUAUGUAUUAUACUGCCUUGUCCAAGUAAGCCAACCAAGAUAAAAUAUUUCAGGAAUGGAAAAAAGCCCUUUAUGCCCAAGUCUUGGAUCAAAAUGCUCAGUAUUAGUCUUAUUUAGGGACUGGCAGGUUGAAAAGGUAGGAAAGAAUAGGUCCAUAACAUGUAUUUUGUUUCAUGACAGAAGGAACACAGGAAAACAGAAUGUGUGAAAUACCAGGAAAUGAUCUAUUGGCUCCCAGUGGGUCAGUGAGCACAGGUGGAGAAAUGUACAUGAUUCACAUAGCACUAAUUGUGAUGGGUCACCAUAUUUGUUGACCAAGAUAUGACAGGUAUUUGAGCAGGGGUAAGAGUGUCAGAAAAUUUCAUUUCCUGUCUUGGCCAGUUACAAAGUUUCUCUCUAAGGAGAUCUGCCUAUUGUGAUAUGAUCUUAUCAGGAGUUAGUGAUGGUACCAUUUACAUAUUACAGAAACACAUGAAAAUGAUUGUUUUGAAUGUUUUUGCUAAUUUAAAAAAAUCCUUUCUCCCCAAUUUCCAGGCCAGUUAUGCCAGUUUCUUUAAACAUGAACAUGGCUAUGCCUUCUUGGUAAGUAGUGGAUUUGCAAGAAUUUUGUCAUUUUUUUUAGGUUUGUUGCAUUCUCUGUCCCUGAACGUACAAUGUUAUUUGUUCCAAAUGGAGGAAUAUUGAAGGAGACAGAGGAGAGGAGAGGAGAUUGGUUUUGGUCACUACAUAGUAAAAUGAGGAAGGGAUAUGGAUGCAAUAAACACUGAUUGAACCUAGUCACCUUAAUUUCAUGUAAUGUAUGAUAUAAUGCACUAUGGUCACAGUUGUGUCUUUUCUGUGGACUGCAGCUCAUAAAGAGGAAGAGGCCUAUGUUUAGUCUAGCACAGGCACCCCCAACCUGCGGCCCUCCAGAUGUUUUGGCCUACAGCUCCCAUGAUCCCUAGCUAACAGGACCAGUGGUCAGGGAUGAUGGGGAGUUGUAGUCGAAAACAUCUGGAGGGUCGAAGGUUGGAGAUGCCUGGAGCACAUAGUCAGACAUGUUGCUGCCAUUAUGCCAGUGUUUCCUUUCAUUCACAUUAAUUUGGGUACUGACACAUGGCCUUGUUCAGAGUUUGCUUUGUAUUCCUCCUGUAUAGAACAUGUUGCUGUUUAGUUUCAAUCAUAAAUGUGCCUUUUAUGCCUAUCAUAAAGACACAGUAACCUCUGGUUUGGAUCUGAUCUGUGGUUUGUUUCAACGCUCAUGUUCAUGUUAAGAGUUGCCUACAUUGGAGCUCUAAGACUUUUAAAAGCUGGAUGACAGGCAGCUUUCUUCCCUACACACAGAUUUAGUGGCAGAAAAGCUAUAUCAUUUUAUAAUCGUUCACAAAGUGCUUAAAAGCUCAGACAUAUUACCAGAAAAAGUGACCAGUAUAGCUAACCCUACCUUUUGCAUGCCUCUUCCUUCUUCAACUCCAUUCAUCAAACUGUUUCCUCAAAUUCUUGAUCUCCAUCCUGCAGUCAUUCAGCCACAAUUCUUUGCAGUCACUGUUGUUUCUCCCCAACAAUCCCUUCCUGCCAGAAGUAUUCAGCUUUGAUCCCUAAGACCCUGUGUAAGGUUUUCUAUGCCUGUUCAUUUGUCCUCUUCUUUCCUUGGCUGUCUUUCAUGCCUGUACAUACUCUGGCUAUUUCCCCCUCAGGUUUCUGUAUCUCAAUCUACUGUUGACUAUGUCACCUAACCUUUAAGCUUGCUACACCAUAGUCUCCUAAAACCUUUACUCACUCAAUUUAUUUGUCUUGAUGAUACAACUUCUGUUCCUGUAGCUGAGUGGUAGUUCAAGUGCUGUUGGUGCCUAACUCCCAUCGCCUCUAGCCAGCAUCACAAAUGAUCAGGAAUGAUGACAGUUGUAGUUCAUAAACAUCUGCAGCAACACAUUGACUAAACCUGCUAUAACCCAUGUAAGCUUUUAGUUCUUGUCCAGCUGCUGCCUUGCUUGCUUUCCUUGGAAGAGGCUGUUUCUCAAGUCCUCAUCUGACCUAUGACAGUUCAGCACUUAGAUUAUCUGUAAGAGUUUAGAAACAUAGACUUUCAGUACCAAAGGUUUUGUCACCCUUUUUAUAUUACAGCAUAAAGAAAAAGGCUUUAUUCUGCUAAUACUAUGGAUUACAUUUUUUUUAUCGCUUCCUGAUUGUGCAAUAAUAAAUAAAUAAGUAAGUAAAUAAAUAAAUAAAUAUAAAGCCAGGUAGUGCUUUAAAACCUUUCCUACUAAAUUUAUCUACAUUGUUUCAUUUAAGGUUUGAUAUCAUUGGCCUCGCUCCAGAUUCACAGGAAGAUGAAGCUGGGAUUAAGCAAGCGUCAGAGAAUGGUAUGUUCUAUCUAUAACAAUGUUAUGCUCACUGCAUGAGCAGAGCUUUUUUGAUCAGACCCAUCUAGUCCAGCAUCCUGUUCUCGCAGCUGCCAGCCAGAUGCCUUUGGGAAGCCCAUAAGCAGGACAUGAGCGCAACAGUGGUUUCUCUUCUUGUGCUUCCGAGCAACUGGUAUUUAACUACAUCUUCAUGGGCAGCUUGCUAUGUUUCUGUGUUGUACAGUGAGAAAUGGAGCCAAUUUUUUAGUGCAUGGCACAAAAGCUAUGUGUAUGGUCACCCUGCACAUUUUGGGCCUUCCCAGAAUUCAGUCCUCUGAGGAAAAAUGGGCCCCUAUUCCUAUUCUGAUCCAAACCACAGAAUGACUACAAUCUUAAUAGAAUGGGUGUUGCCACAUUGUGGCAUUGUAGUCAGGACAGGGGCUGUAUCCCAUUAUGUCACUCAAGUUUUUGAAUACUAUUCCUAUUUCUCACCUCUCUUCAUUCUCCCCUUUUCUACUUGCAAUUGCAUCAUUUAUGUUGCAGACAAAUAGGUAGGAUUCAGACAAAUAGCUUAAAGUACAGUCAUACCUCGGGUUGAAGUAGCUUCAGGUUAAGUAUUUUCGGGUUGCGCUCUGCAGUGACGGAGUGCGUUACUUCCGGGUUUCGCCACUCGCGCAUGUGCAGACGCUCAAAAUGACGUCACGUGCAUGCGCUGAAGCGGUGAAUCGCGACCUGCAGACGCAGGUUGCGUUCGUUUCAGGAUGCGAACAGGGCUCCAGAAUGGAUCCUGUUCGCAUCCAGAGGUACCACUAAUCUGAACUUGAGAAGAAACCCUAACAAGGUGGUUCUGAUUACUUCUUUGCUCCCACAACUAACCAAAGUAGAAUGUGAGAUUUCUGCAAGCUCCAAUGCACUCCACCUAGUCAUAAUCAAAUCCUAUUACAUGAUCUGUAUUUGGGGCUCAAUUCUUAUGCAGUUUUGUUUUGAUCAACUGCGCUUACUAUAUAUUUUAUUUGUAUUAAUAUACAUAGUUCACUGCUUUGGGAGCCUUGGGUUAAAAAUUGGUAUAUACUGUACAGGUAAGCAGACAAAGUGGAAAGGCAUGGGAAAAUGGCUCACCCUCUUGAAGGUGUCUUGGACCAUAACUUUAGGGUAGAUGGAGUCAUAUUUGUCACCUAAGAAUCAGUAGAAUUUCACUGAGUGCUAGGAGUGUAUUAUGGGCUGUCCCGUGAAUUCACUGGAUGAAAUAGCGGAAGAACGUUGCCUCAGGAGAGUGAGGAAAAUUCUCAGGGAUGAUUCAUACCCUGGCCGGCACUUUCUUGAUCUCUUGCCCUCAGGCAGAAGAUAUGGAAGCAUGAUUAGUCGCACCAACAGGGUAAAGAACAGCUUCUAUCCAUGGGCUGUUAGGCUGCUGAAUGAAAAGAUAACAACAGGGCAACUGACUUUCGGGUUUGGUGGGUGUGCGUCAGUAAACGAGGGGAAUUAAGACUAAGAGAGCUGAGUGGGGGGUGCCUAUGUGAUCUUACUGUAUACAAGUUGUACAAGAGACAAUAAAGUAUUUCAAUUUAAACCUUUGCCUGUUUUACCUCGUCCUGAGGUAGUCUUUUAGGUGAGGCUUUAUAUGCCUAGCAAGAGAGAAGAUUCUGAUCUCAUUAUCUGUAGCCAUGCCUGCGGCUGCAUAAUUGGAUAAAUGUCUCAUCUUUACCUGUUGGCCCCACAGUGGCUCUCUCCAUGACAAUCAAUUGUCUACUUUUUUGUGAUGACCCUUAACAGUUAGCUUUUUAUGGUUGCAGUGAAAGCACUUAUUGAGCAAGAAGUAAGGAAUGGAAUACCCUCAAACCGAAUAAUUUUGGGAGGAUUUUCUCAGGUAAAGCCAAUUACUUUUUUUUACAUCUAGCACUAUUUCUGUGUAAGUUGAAAGUGACUUUUAUAGUAUGACACACCUGCUAUUAUUACCAUAUAACAUAGAAUCUAGAUAGUUUUUCCACUUACCAUUUUUUUCUGUGACCUUCAAAAGAUCCACAUCACAUUUUUAGUGACAUUUUCUUGUGCCUAUGUUCAUCAUAGUUGCUUAGCAUUUGGCAGCAUAAAGUUUUCCUGGAGCCUUUGUGGAUUGGACAUACCUCCUAUUUACCUUUCCUCAAAGCUCAGGUUGAGCAGCAAUUUUCAAACUCAUAAAAUAUGCUAAAAAUAAAAGUUAGUUCCAUAUGUUCUUGGCACUGAUAGUUCUACCUGAAAUAUACCUUCCAGACCUUUUAGAGAAUGUUCUGAUCUUGGCAUGCACUCUGAUACAGGAAUGCACAAUCUGUGGAGCAACCACUGAAGAAUAUAUGUCGAUCAUUUUUACUUGGCUUGUAAAUGUUAUAAUUUCUAGGUUAACAGCAUGAGGUACAGGAGAUGAAGUGGUCCCUUGGAGCUCAAACUAUCAUAAAGGACUAAUAUGCUUAAUUAAGUAUGGAUCUUGCGUAUGGGAGUUAGUAUGGUUGCGUUUGCUGUACAGCAGAGACUGCCUAGAGCAAGCUGUAACAAAGACUGAUUUGCUAUUUUUAAAAUACAGUUUUACAAUAAAUAGUUUCACAGACCCCUUUGUACCUCCUCAGUAGUGUCCCAAAACCCAGCCACUUUGCUCAUUUUUAUCCAAAUGAAAGGAAAGGAGUUGGGCCACCUGAACUCCAACAUCCUUCCAGGUCCUUGUAGAAGUGCCCAUAGGAAAACAAAUGUUUUACAAUCAGCCCAAGGAUUGGAAGUGAAAGAUUCAAAUACAGCACACACUUGAAGAGAGUUGGGGUAGUGGGAGAACAUAUUGCCUCAAGGAGGUCUGCCUUGUGUUUUGAGAACCAUUAAUGUAAAGAUCUAUGAGUUUAUGAUCCUAGUAUAUAAAAAUGCAGAUGUGCUGUUUGACCAGUUUCUAAAUGUUGGUAAGGAAGCCUAGCUGAAAUUGCAGCAUUUUCAGUGUGCAUAUUUUAAUAUGUAAUUGCAGUAAUGAGUGCUCUUUUGGUUUCACUAGGGAGGAGCUUUAUCGCUGUACACAGCUCUCACAACAAAUCAGAAGCUGGGGGGUAUUGUAGCACUCAGCUGUUGGCUUCCGCUGCGGACCUCAUUUCCACAGGUAGUGUACUGCUGUUCUAAAAUUCAAAAGAACUGAGGUUGGUUAUAUUCAAAAAGCUUUCCAUUUAUAUUUCUGCAUUCAGUUCUCAUGACAGAGAGGCAUAAUUAUCACAGUCAGUGAUAAAGGCAGCUUACAGCAAGUUAAAGAGCAUUCUGUUUGGUCCAUUUCUCUUCUUAGAUCUUGACUAUAGAAAAAUAUAAACAGUAUUUCAUGAACCCAAGAACUUAAAACAGGUUUCAUGCAUUUCUAAAGAAGGUAUUGUGAUAUCAGCUGGAUGUUUCUUCAGGACCUUUCACUAGAGCAGCACAUGAAAAGGAUAUUUUCCUUAAAGUGUUAGUAUGAGAGGCUUAGCCAGUGGGGUGCCUUCCAGAUUCCUUUCCCCAUCCAGCCACAAAGUUGACUUCAUGAUGCUGACCUAGCCACUGUGACUCAGACUAACCUAUGUCAUAGAGCAAUGAGAUGAAAGGGAUGGUGAACUGCUCGGAGGGCUAAAAUAAAAGUUGUGCAUACCUUUCACCUCUUAAUGUUCUAACAUAUUGCCUUUUGACAGGGUCCUAUCAACUGUGUCAACAGAGACAUUCCCAUUUUCCAGUGCCAUGGUGACCGCGAUCCUUUAGUUCCGCUUAUGUUUGGUUCUGUCACUUCUGAGACACUAAAGACUAUGUUAAAUCCUGGCAACAUAAGUUUUAAAACUUAUUCAGGCAUGAUGCAUAGCUCGUGUAUUGAGGUAAUUGUUCUGCAAAAUACUGAUAUCAGUUCUGUUUCUUUGUUUUCCAUUUAAGCCAUACUAGUAUAUAAGGCCUUGAAACAAUUGUAACGAUAUAAUUUUAUUUUCAAGAACUAGUUGAAAGUUAUUAAACAUUUUAAAAACUCAUUCAAUAGAUACAAUUGAAGGAUAGGAUACAACUGUAAUAGACUUAACAUUGUCCUGCACUUCCUCUUUCUAAGUAAUAUCACAUUUUCAGGUAUAGUGAAUUGAACCAACUAAAUAUCCAGUAUUUUGGAACAUAAUUCUAACUUCCUUAGCAUGGAACCUGCUGGCAUUAUAUGUAAUGCAGUCAUAAAUCUGUACUCAGAAAUAAGUCCCGGUAAGUUCAAUGGGGCUCACAGGCUAGAGCAAAGCUUUCCAAAAUUUUCAUGUUGGUGACACACUUUUUAGACAUGCAUCAUUUUGCAACACAGUAAAUCAGUUUUUUACUGAUUACCGGAGGGUAAACUGACCACUUCCAGCCCUGGAAGGAGCGUGGGGAGUGUUUGUGUGACACACCUACACACUGCAGCCAACACACUAACGUGUCACAACACUCAGUUUGGAAAGACUCUUCGUCCAAAACGGUGCAGGUACAAUGGCAGGCUGACUGUAUGUGGGACUUCUUUUUUAGUACCGUAAAAUGACAGUUCGUGUUUUAAGUUUGGUUGAAUGGAAAAGAAUCAAUGCUUUCCAGGCUAAGAAUGACUUUGCAUUGUAAGGAAUCCAGCCAUAUGCUUGGUUUUAUUGUGUACUGAUUCCUGCAAUAUGCGUAAUUAAACCAGAUCACUGUUUUUUAUCCCUUAACAGGAAAUGAUGGAUGUGAAGCAGUUUAUUGACAAGCAACUACCUCCAAUUGACUGA